GGGUGAGUUUUCCGCCAAUAACUAAAUCUCAAAUGUGCAAAUAUAGUAUUCGGAAAAACGUAGUAAUAAAAGUGCGUUUAAACACGUGCUUGCUAGUUUUGUGAGCCAAAGAUAUUCGAGCUCAUUAGUAUGAAAGAAAGUGUAUGUCAAAAGUAAUACCUGGCGAAACGUCAAAUAUCAUUAAGUUUGGAAGUUGCAUUUGAAGAUGGUAGUGUGAACGAGACUUGUAUUGAGGGGAAAUGCUAAGCGUCCAAUAGACGCUCGUGAGUCGACCGGUGGCGGUAGCAAGCCGAUUCCCGCGCGGCGCACGUCGCAUCGCGGAACUGCUCGAGCUGAACGUGUUAAAUGGCUGUGCGUCGGCCAUGAUGGCUUUGAGCAGGGACCGUGUCACGCAAACAUGUUUUCGAAGUGAUAUAUCUCGUUUGGUGACUGAGUGACCGUGUUCCAGCGCGAUGGCCGGAGAACGAUGAGGCCCUGAGCGCUCUCUGUGCCGGGUAUUACGGCCGCAGGGCCCCCAACCAGGCCCAGUCAGGUUCACGUUCCCUAAGUCCGAGGCCCGAGCCGAUCCGACUGGCCUCACGGUUCGACACCAGCCAACUCGGUUGUCAACACGCGAACCAGCCGCAGGAUGAGCAAGCUGUCGUUCAGGGCCCGUGCCCUGGACGCUUCCAAACCCAUGCCGAUUUAUAUGGCCGAGGAAUUACCGGAUUUACCAGAUUACUCGGCCAUUAAUCGUUCUCUGCCCCAAAUGCCCAGCGGCAUGGAAAAGGAGGAGGAAUGUGAACAUCACUUGCAAAGAGCAAUAUGCACGGGUUUAAUCAUUCCUACCCCUGAAGUAACUGAUUUAACAGAUGUAGAAGCUUAUGAUAAGAUAUAUCCAGCUGAUUAUAAGCUACCUCGUCAACUUAUACAUAUGCAGCCUUUUGCAAUGGAACAAGAUAUUCCGGAUUACGAUAUGGAUUCUGAAGAUGAAAAAUGGGUUGCAAUACAAAGCCGUAAAAUGGAUUUGACUCCACUUCAGUUUGAAGAAAUGAUGGAUCGCUUGGAAAAAAGUUCAGGACAAACUGUAGUCACUCUUAAUGAAGCUAAAGCACUUCUGAAAGAAGAUGAUGAUUUAAUUAUUGCUGUGUUUGAUUAUUGGCUAAAUAAACGUCUUAAAACACAACAUCCUUUAUUAUUAACAGUAAAAACAGAACAUCGGUUUGGUUCAGCUGCCAAUAAUCCUUAUUUAGCGUUUAGACGUAAAACGGAAAAAAUGCAAACACGUAAAAAUCGCAAAAACGAUGAAACUAGUUACGAAAAAAUGCUGAAGCUCCGUAGAGAUCUUAGCAGAGCAGUUACCCUUUUCGAAAUGGUUAAAAGAAGAGAGAAAACCAAGCGAGAACAUUUACAUCUUACAAUUGAAGUAUAUGAGAAAAGAUAUCAAGCACAAGACUUUAAUGGGCAAAUAUUGGCGGAAGUAUCGGCAUUGAAGACACCGAGACCUGCUUUUGCUCCACUGUUUACAAAUCAAUUUGGUGUUCAUCAAAAUUGGGCGAACAAAGUUUGUAGUAAAGAUGAAGUAGUACCCAGAAAAGAAAAAAGACAAUACAAGAAAAGGAAACAUAAAACUGAUAGUAGAGGAGGAAGUUUGGAAGAUAAUGGUGUACGCAGUGGAACAGGUAGCGGAGGUGGUCGAGGAAGUCGGCCUAGUGUUCUUGGAGGCGGGCUGGACCCGCUAAUAAGCUCAGAUGAAGAUGGUCCGCUUCCAUCACAUUCACAUUCUCAGCCCUCAGUUCCCUCGGAUCGCGAUGAUGAAGACAUCGCUGAUGAGGGACAAUUCGCUUUCCGACGAAAUAGAAAUAGCACUUAUCUACCACCUGUAUCAGGUGGAUUUGGAAAUUGGCCUUGGUGUGAUAAAAACGAAGGGGGCAUGGCUGAUAAGAAGUAUAGGUUUGCACUGACCAGCAUCAGCAAACCCGUACCAAAAUGUAUUGGUUUUGCGCGACGGCGAAUUGGUCGGGGUGGCAGAGUAAUAUUGGACCGUUGUUCAACUGAUAUGGAUGAUAUGUGGUCUUCUUUAGACUUCACGAUACACCAACCAAAACGGGAACCAGUGGAUUCCGAUACAACUGCCACAUCAACAACUUCAGUCAAGAAAGAGUGGUUACACUUCCGACCAAAGACUCCACCUGUGUCAGUGCAUAGUCCAAGUGAAGAAAGUAGUGAUACGGACUCAGAUAUAGAGCCAAUAUUGACUCAAUCAAAACCGCUUCCAUAUCCGUUCCCGCCUGAAGCAACAUCUAUUUGUGUGGAAGUAGAACCUGAUCGUGCAGGAGAUGAACCACCCUUUACAUCAGAAUUUAAUAUUGCUGAUUAUUUCUCGCCGGAUACUGUAUCGGACUUUGAUCUUGCCGUGGCAAGUAUCACUAGUAGUGCGUGUAUUAGUGGACUGUCGGACAAUAACUCUAACGAUACGCGGACAGACGAACUGGGCAGUUCACACUUUGUUGUGACUCCGCUACCUAGUAGUCUUUUUGCACAGCCUGCAACACAGCAGAGUCGGCCUCAGUGCAGUGGUAGUGGUUUUAGUGUUGUAAAUACUUCUACAAGUUCUAUAGUCCCGUCGUCUUUCUCAUGUACAAUCAAUCAACCGACGACAUCAAAUGCAGUAUCUACGCAAUGCGCAAAUGCUGCAAUCGAGACACAAUCGAAUCAGUCUAAACAGCAACAACACAGACAAUUACCAAACAACAGCAGUCCUGUUUCCAUUCUGUCUAAAUCCUUGACUAGUCCAACGAAUAAUAGGAAUGGCGGCAGCUGUGGCAGUGGUAGUGCUGGAGUUAGAGUGUUUAGUGCAAGUACCACAACUAGUGGAACAAUUACAAACUUUGGCAAUGGACAUCAAAAUGGACCAUUGCCUCAUAUAAAUAACUCUAAUAAUCUUUCAAAUAGCACUCAUGUCGUGAAUAAUCAGUCAACAAUAGUUCUGCCACAAAAACAUCCGCCGUCCAAUCUGCUACCUGGCUUGAUCGCACAGAGCAAAUUGGCGAGUCUUGCAAGGCAGCAACAACAGACGCAAAGUCAAGCGUCUACGCAACAAAUCCCAACGUCCGGGGAAAUUACGCUUAAUAGUAAUAGUGAAAAUAUGGAUAUGAAGGUGGAUGGAGUGGAAAGUGCGACUUGCGAUGGUAAACCACAGCAACAGCAACUUGUACGAGCAAAUAAAACAAAUUCAUUAGCGAUGGAAGUGACAUGAUGCCUGCUAUCGGCACCCCUGUUGCCGCCAAUACGUCACUGGGGGCUUCGCUAAUUUUAUCUUCGCUAACUUUAUCUAUGUCUGUCUACCUUUUGGAGACUGAACAUACUACGUGCUCGUUAAUACAAAAAACGGUACGGCUUGAUUCGAUUGCAAAAAUACUCUGAUCAGUUGCCUGUUAUGGCGAUGACAAUGGAAAUGUCAAUUCUAUUGCAAAUACUAUGUUAUUUUGAGAUCACAAAAGAGUUAAACUCUAAUUCAUUUCUCGUUUGUUUCCUUGCUAAUUGAACAACAUUAUUAUUCAACAUAGUCAGUGUUUCAUUAAAUCUUCACAAAAUCAGUUCAUUCUAUUUUUUUUUUCCUGUAUAUUAAAUUUAACAUUGAUUUCGGGCUACUGUUAUGUUUCUUCAUUUCGUAAUAUAAAUAUUUUCUUAAAUGUUAAUAGAUGAAUAUUGAAAUAAUGUAAUAUAUAUAUUUAUAAUAAUAUAUAUAUAUGUAUUCUCUGUUUUUUAAAAUAAAAAAAUAGUUUUGUUCAAUGCAAGGAAACUUUUAUAUUUAACAGAAUGAUAACUUUAUUUUUUAUCAAAAACUUGGCAGAACUCCUUUGUCAUCUUUUUACUCAUAUGCAAAUGAUACUGUUGGAACAUCUGUAAUAAACUAAAAUUAAAUUACAAGCUUUCUCAGACACAGCAU